AUGGAAGACUGCGAGAAGUCCUUGCCAGCGGACUGUAAGCCAAUGGCUUCGCAAGACCGCUCAAUAUCUGACCCUAUGCCAUUGACACCCAUGUCUGGACAUACCCUCGUUAACUCGACUACUGAGGGAAGUGUGCUUAAUGAUCGAGCUCAACGACGAAGCUUCUGGCGACGUCUAUUAAGACGACAGACUAAGCUCGCUGAUGUCGAGUCUGGUUCAAGGUCGCCCGCUGCUGCCACAGAUAACAACGGAGACAGUACCAGCGAUGAGGGUGACACAGCGAGCGACGAAUCUGAAGUGUCUCUACCCGAGAUGAGAGUCAGAUCUUUGCAGAAGUUCCCGAGAGGCUACCCUUAUCUGGCAGCCUUUGCAGACAGCGAUGAGAACUUCAUGCUAUAUCGCCGCUUCGGAUAUUUGCAGUCGCAGAUCCUCCUCCAGAAGCAAGACGAGCUCCGUGUCCUUGAGGAUCGUCUGGACAGCUUAGACCGAAGUGAGAUGCAUAACAAUCCCACUAGACUGUGGUGUCGAGAGCGCCAGGGCGAUGAGCGGAAGGCUUUGCUUACAGACAUCGAGCAGAAGUUCUGCGAGUACUCUCGACUUGUCCAUGCAGCUCAGCGGCUUAUGAAAGCCAACAAACCUACGGCGAACGAGCACACGAGCGUACUGAAGUUCAUGGCUAGCACCCCAGUGGCAGAUGAAGAAGCUGACUAUGUCCUCCACAAGGAGGAUCUCAUCAACCUCCGGCCAGGGCGAGAGCAUGCCUGGCUCGAUCGAGCCAUCGAAGGUUGCCUGAAAUCGGCUCCUCGCUCAAAGCUUGCGAACAUCUUCCGUUCGGAGACAUCACUGCGCAAAUCUGACGAUGAAAACCACAUCUACUUUGACAAAAACCGCAUCAAUCUUUGUGCCUCCUCCAUCAUUACACUCAUGAUCUUGUUUAUGUUGAUUGUGCCUAUUUACUUUCUCUACCAUCUUGUGGAACGAAGCAACGGAGCAAUGACUGGCAAUGAGAACGCGAUAUGUAUCGGGGUUUUGCUCAUCUUCACCCUGGUGUUCUCGGCUGUGAUGUCGUUUUUCACCAGGGCAAGGAGACAUGAAAUACUUGGAGCCGCUGCAGCAUACUGUGCCGUACUAGUGGUCUUUCUUGGUAAUGUUGGAAAUGGCAGCGCUUCGUAG